UGCCGCCCACGGCAGCGUGGCAGAGCUGCGCUCUGGCGCUGGGGGACACCGUCCCUGCGGCCUCUGCCCAUCCAGACAUGGCUGUGGUGACAGACACGCGUGAAGGUGGAGCCCCUGCAGCAGAGGAUGGUGACAAGACGACCCCUCCGCUGCCCCCAGCAGCGCCAGAGUUGGGGCUGCAGGAGAGCACAGCAGCCCAAUCCCACCGAGACUCCCCAUGGACCCUCUGUGGACAGGCCCAGGACCCCCAGCAGGACCCACCAUCUCGAGCACCGGCACUUGAGAGGCCCCUGAAUGCGACGGAUGGGCUCAAAUGCGACCAGACAGCCAGAUCCCCCCAGAGCGGGGCCGACUACGGCUUCCUCGUGAGGCAGAACACGAAGCUGCUGAGCGCGCUGGAGGACCUGCAGCACCGCUGCACCAGCCUCUCCGCGGAGAACAGCCUGCUGCGCAGGAGCUGCUUCCCCGAGACCGAGGAGAAGGUGAAGCACCUGAAGAGGAAGAACGCCGAGCUGGCCGUGAUYGCCAAGCGCCUGGAGGAGAGGGCCCGGAAGCUGCAGGAGGCCAACCUCAAAGCUGUAAGUGUUUGCCUGGGCGAGCUGGGCGAGCAGCUCUGCGUGAGGACCUGCCCCUCGCUGCUGGUCCUGGGAGCUCCCUCGCCCUCUGGGCACCUAACUCCCCUUCCAGAAGUGGAGACAGUGGGAGCAACCCCCGUGCAGCAGCACAACACUCUGUCCCCUGGUCCUCUUGCUGCAGCAGCCCUGCAGAUGUCCUCGAGACUUGUUUUUACGCAGGAUUAUUUUACGGAGAUAGGAAGCUGUUUUCUUUGCCCCUUCCACAAGCCGAGCGAGUCUGCACAGCAAACAUCCUUUGUCCAUCAGCAGCAAUAA